AUGAUCCCGCGGAGCGGCUUCCUGCAGCUGCGGGCGCGCGGCGCGCUGGGCCCGCGGCGCGCGCUCCGCGUGCUCCUCGACAUGGACGGCGUCCUGGCCGACUUCGAGGGCGGCUUCCUCAGGAAGUUCAGGGCCGCCUACCCCGACCAGCCCUUCGUGGCCCUGGAGGAGCGCCGCGGCUUCUGGGUCUCCGAGCAGUACGGGCGCCUGCGGCCGGGCCUCGCCGAACAAGCCAUCAGCAUCUGGGAGUCGAAGAACUUCUUCAUGGAGCUGGACCCGCUCCCUGGAGCUGUGGAAGCCGUGAAGCAAAUGGCUAAUCUGGCAGACACCGACGUAUUCAUCUGCACAAGUCCCAUCAAGAAGUAUCGUUACUGUCCUUACGAGAAGUACGCCUGGGUGGAAAAGCACUUUGGGCCAGAGUUUCUGGAGCAGAUGGUGCUGACGCGGGAUAAAACAGUGGUGUCUGCUGACCUGCUCAUCGACGACAGACCCGAUAUCACCGGCGCCGAGAAGAACCCCAGCUGGGAGCACRUCCUCUUCACCGCCUGCCACAACAGGCACCUGCAGCUGAAGCCCCCCAGCCGCCGGCUGCACUCCUGGUCRGACGACUGGAGGGCCAUCCUGGACAGCAAGCGGCAGCCACCGCACCGGGCUGCCUGAGCCCUGCUGCUCUGUGCAUCCCCAACGAGCCCAGCAGACCCUGUGUCCACUGGGGAGAGGAAGAAGAGGGGGCUGAAGCUCUGCGGUCACCCAGAUGCAGCCCCAGCUGUUACAGGAGCAAUGCUGGGACUGCCAUGCCACGAGAUAUCCUGGCCACAGGGCAUUUGUGCACGCUCGAGGGAUCUUUGUGCGUGGCAUGGGGGCCAGCGUGGUGCUUUUGAUGGACAAGCUCACCAUGUCACUGCCUUGCUCCAGGGCCCRGAGUGGCACAGAGUGCUGCUGGAUCCCUCCUGGCUGCACUUCAGGUGGAGCUAGCGCCAGGUCAGCUCAGUGCUUGCCCUUGAUACUAAGGGGUUUCCUCCAGGCAUGUCCCCCCGGCAGCUUCCCCCCGAGGGGAUGGGACAAGGUGGCCGGGCCAUGAGAUCUGGCACACGAUGCCCAGCGGUGCCUCUCACCACAGCCAAGCGCUUCCCUGCCUGGGCUGCAGGAACCCUUCUCUGCAACCAGAUGCAGGAAAACAACAUCCUUCCAUUGGCUCCAGUCAUGGG